AUGAACACCCUUGGUCUUUUGUGCGUCUUUGCCGCCGUGGUCAGCUGCCAAGCUGGCUAUCUUGGCUCAUCCGUUGUGUCUCACUCUCAAGCUGCAGCCAUUGCCGUCCACGCUCCGGUUGCGCUAGCGGCCCCCUAUGUCUCCGUGGGACAUCACGAUCCCGUGCCACUGGCGCCUGCUGCGUCCCAGUACCACGCCCAGGACGAGCUCGGACAGUACUCCUUCGGCUACAGCGGCGGCCCCUCCUCCAGGAGCGAGAGCCGCGACGCCUACGGCAACGUGCGAGGCUCCUUCAGCUACGUCGACUCCUACGGCAACGUCCAGUCGCAGCACUACGUCGCCGACGACUACGGCUUCCGCGUGUCGGGCACCAACCUCCCCCGGCAUAAGCGCUCCUACGGCACCUACCCCGCCUCCACUGGCCCCCUGGCCACCGUGUCCCACGUGGCUCCUGUGGUUCACGCUGCUCCUACCUUUGUUUCGGCCGCCUCUCCUCUCGGGGGCUUCUCCUACGGACAUCACGCAGUCCCCUCCUUCGCCAGCUACAGGAGCCACGUGGCCCAUCCCUUCGUGAACGUACUUCGUCACAAGCGCUCCUACGGCACCUUCCCAGCCUCCACUGGUCCUCUGAGCACUGUGUCCCACUUGACUCCUGUGGUUCAUGCUGCCCCUGCGGUGGCCCCUGUGGUUCAUGCUGUGUCUCCUGUGGUUCAUGCUGCUCAUGCCGUGGCCCCUGUGGUCCAUGCUGCUCAUGCUGUGUCCCCUGUGGUCCAUGCUGCUCAUGCUGUGGCCCCUGCCUUUUCUCCCACUUACGAGCUUCCCCUAUGGACACCACAGAGUUCCAUCCGUCACCAGCUACAGGAGCCACUUGGCUCACCCUCUGCUGACCAAAGCUGUGGACUACUAAAAGAAGGCCCAGGUUCUCUUGCUCGUUUGUCCACAACUUGGAUGGACCUUGAUUGCGUGAUAUAUACCGGCGGAGGUGACCGAGGGCCGUCAGACAGCUCCCUCGUGUCGGGUGGGUCCAGUCCUCUGCUGCGUCGCCAUGAACACCCUUGUGAGUGUUGGCUUCAGGGGGCCUUGCACUGCCAAGCUGGCUAUCUUGGCUCAUCCGUUGUGUCUCACGCUCCAGCUGCAGCCGUUGCCGUCCACGCUCCGGUUGCGCUAGCGGCCCCCUAUGUCUCCGUGGGACACCACGCUCCCGUGCCACUGGCGCCUGCUGUGUCCCAGUACCACGCCCAGGACGAGCUCGGACAGUACUCCUUCGGCUACAGCGGUGGCCCCUCCUCCAGGAGCGAGAGCCGUGACGCCUACGGCAACGUGCGAGGCUCCUUCAGCUACGUCGACUCCUACGGGAACGUCCAGUCCCGAUCCUACGUCGCCGACGACUUCGGCUUCCGUGUGAUUGGUACCGACGGACUUCGGCACAAGCGCUCCUACGGCACCUACCCCGCCUCCACUGGCCCCCUGGCCACCGUGUCCCACGUGGCUCCUGUGGUUCACGCUGCUCCUACCUUUGUUUCGGCCGCCUCUCCUCUCGGGGGCUUCUCCUACGGACAUCACGCAGUCCCCUCCUUCGCCAGCUACAGGAGCCACCUGGCCCACCCCUUCGUGAACGUGCUUCGUCACAAGCGCUCCUACGGCACCUUCCCAGCCUCCACUGGUCCUCUGAGCACCGUGUCCCACGUGACUCCUGUGGUUCACGCUGCCCCUGCAGUGGCCCCUGUGGUUCAUGCUGCUCAUGUUGUGUCCCCUGUGGUUCAUGCUACUCGUGCUGUGUCUCCUGUGGUUCAUGGUGCCCCUGUGGUCCAUGCUGCUCAUGCUGUGUCCCCUGUGGUUCAUGCUCAUUCCGUGGCCCCUGCCUUCUCCCCACUUACGAGCUUCCCCUAUGGACACCACAGAAUUCCAUCCGUCACCAGCUACAGGAGCCACUUGGCUCACCCUCUGCUGACCAAAGCUAAGGACCUGUCGCUUGCUCCAUUAAUCUAUAUCGGGAGCCUCGGCGGCGGCGAUGGCUGCUUCAUUGUAGGCUUUGAGGAAAGCUGCCUUGGCCGCAGCGACCUCCGGGGUGUCCCUGACGGGCUGGGGCGUCGGCAGGGGCUCGUAGACGGGGGUGGCAGCUCCGCCCGCGGGGACCUCGGGCGCCCGCGGGAGGUUCGUUCCCGUGACGCGGAAGCCGAGCUCGUCGGCGACGUAGUGCUGCGUCUGCGUGCGGCCCUCCUCGUCCACGUACGAGUAGGACCCGCGCACGGAGCCGUCGGCGCCGCGGGUCUCCGACCGGGCCAGGUCUCCGCCCGUGAAGCCGAAGGCGUACUGGCCGUACUGGUCCACCGCUUGGUACUGGGACUCGAUGGGCUGGCGCAGCGGGUUGGUAUUGGGCCGCUUGGUACUGAGAGUCGGUGGCCUGGUACUGAACCGGCUGGUAUACAGGCUUCGCCGAUUCGACCGGAGCCUCAGUUGGCUGGUACACCGGCGGAGAAGCAACGCCCGACUGGUAGUAAGAGGAGAGCGGCGCGUAGGAUCGGGGGGCGACGGCGGGCACAGGCUGGUACGCUUGGUAGCCUGGGUAUUGAGGAAACAAGGGGUUUAUGUGCAGACUACAUGAUCAGUAUUGAAGAAUUAUGCAUUCCAGAAACCGGAACUACACUUGCACAACAUAAUGUGACCGAGGGCCGUCAGACAGCUCCCUCGUGUCGGGUGGGUCCAGUCCUCUGCUGCGUCGCCAUGAACACCCUUGGUCUUUUGUGCGCCUUUGCCGCCGUGGUCAGCUGCCAAGCUGGCUAUCUUGGCUCAUCCGUUGUGUCUCACGCUCCAGCUGCAGCCGUUGCCGUCCACGCUCCGGUUGCGCUAGCGGCCCCCUAUGUCUCCGUGGGACAUCACGAUCCCGUGCCACUGGCGCCUGCUGCGUCCCAGUACCACGCCCAGGACGAGCUCGGACAGUACUCCUUCGGCUACAGCGGCGGCCCCUCCUCCAGGAGCGAGAGCCGCGACGCCUACGGCAACGUGCGAGGCUCCUUCAGCUACGUCGACUCCUACGGCAACGUCCAGUCGCAGCACUACGUCGCCGACGACUACGGCUUCCGCGUGUCGGGCACCAACCUCCCCCGGCAUAAGCGCUCCUACGGCAGCUACCCCGCCUCCACUGGCCCCCUGGCCACCGUGUCCCACGUGGCUCCUGUGGUUCACGCUGCUCCUACCUUUGUUUCGGCCGCCUCUCCUCUCGGGGGUUUCUCCUACGGACAUCACGCAGUCCCCUCCUUCGCCAGCUACAGGAGCCACGUGGCCCAUCCCUUCGUGAACGUACUUCGUCACAAGCGCUCCUACGGCACCUUCCCAGCCUCCACUGGUCCUCUGAGCACUGUGUCCCAGUUGACUCCUGUGGUUCAUGCUGCCCCUGCGGUGGCCCCUGUGGUUCAUGCUGUGUCUCCUGUGGUUCAUGCUGCUCAUGCCGUGGCCCCUGUGGUCCAUGCUGCUCAUGCUGUGUCCCCUGUGGUCCAUGCUGCUCAUGCCGUGGCCCCUGCCUUUUCUCCAAUUACGAGCUUCCCCUAUGGACACCACAGAGUUCCAUCCGUCACCAGCUACAGGAGCCACUUGGCUCACCCUCUGCUGACCAAAGCUGUGGACUACUAAAAGAAGGCCCAGGUUCUCUUGCGUGAAUGCAAACGACAUUAAUUUCAGGACAAAUUAAUAUAUCAAUAAACGAUGGACUCAACUCAA